AAAUUCGUUUCAAAUUUUACGCCAACACUUUCUGAAAUCACUGCUCAAACUUGUACCAUUUUCAAGUCUCAACACCACAGAAAUCCCACGCAUAAUACUCACUUCACUGCGUGUUUUAGUUGAAGCAAGAAAUCUAGCGAAUUUCCUUCCAAAGGAAAGAGCUGAACCAAAAUCUUGGCCUUCUUGCUUGUUGAAGGAAAUGGGGCGUUGUGGAAGAUCGAAAGUUGCAAUCUUGCUGCUUUUCCUAGUGCUGAUUUGGGUGGAAUUAGUGGCGGGUAAGUUUCUGGUGGAGAAGAACAGUCUGAGAGUGUUUACACCGGAGAGCAUUAGAGGAAAUUACGAUAGUGCCAUCGGCAACUUUGGGAUUCCAAAAUAUGGUGGAACCAUGGCUGGUGCUGUGGUGUAUCCAAAGGAGAAUACAAAGGGCUGUCAAAAAUUUGAAACUUCUGGGAUUUCUUUCAAGAGCAAGCCUGGAGCUUUACCCACCUUUGUGCUUGUUGAUCGUGGAGAUUGCUUUUUUUCCUUAAAAGUUUGGAAUGCCCAGAAUGCUGGUGCAGCUGCUGUUCUAGUGGCUGACCACCGUGAUGAACCGUUGAUCACGAUGGACUCACCUGAAGAGGGUCAUGCAUCUGCAGAAUAUAUUGAAAAUAUAACAAUACCUUCUGCGCUGGUUGAUAAAAAUUUUGGUGAGAAACUAAAGAAUGUGCUGAGUAAAGGAGAUAUGGUGAAUGUAAACCUCGACUGGAGGGAAGCCGUACCCCACCCGGAUGAUCGAGUGGAAUAUGAACUGUGGACUAACAGCAAUGAUGAGUGUGGGGUUAAGUGUGAUAUGUUGAUGGAGUUUUUGAAGGAUUUUAAGGGUGCAGCCCAAAUGCUUGAGCAAGGUGGCUAUACCCAGUUUACUCCGCACUAUAUAACGUGGUACUGCCCUGAGGCGUUCACCGUGAGCAAACAAUGUAAGUCCCAGUGCCUCAACCAUGGUAGAUACUGUGCUCCGGACCCGGAGCAAGAUUUCACCUCUGGUUAUGAUGGAAAAGAUGUGGUGCUUGAGAACUUGAGACAACUAUGUGUUUUCAGAGUGGCUAAUGAGACCCGAAAGCCGUGGGUCUGGUGGGACUAUGUGACUGAUUUUCAUAUCAGAUGCCCCAUGAAGGAGAAGAAAUACGGCAAAGAAUGUGCUGAAGAGGUUAUCAAAUCUUUAGGUCUUGACCUGAGUAAAAUCGAAAAGUGCAUGGGCGACCCUGAUGCUGAUGCUGACAAUCCAGUUCUGAAAGAAGAGCAAGAAGCUCAAAUUGGUAAAGGAUCGCGUGGUGAUGUGACCAUUUUGCCUACGCUUGUCGUGAAUAACCGCCAAUAUCGAGGAAAAUUGGAGAAGGGUGCUGUCUCAAAAGCUAUAUGUGCUGGUUUUGAAGAAACUACAGAGCCAUCUGUUUGUUUAAAUGGCGAAGUAGAAACGAAUGAGUGCUUGCACAAUAAUGGUGGCUGCUGGCAAGACAUGGUUGCAAAUAUUACAGCUUGCAAGGACACAUUUCGAGGAAGAGCGUGCGAAUGUCCAAUAGUUAAUGGUGUGCAAUUGAAGGGUGAUGGUUACAGAUCUUGUUCUGCAAGUGGGCCUGGGCGAUGCAGAAUACAUAACGGAGGCUGUUGGCAUGAAAAGAGGGAUGGGGUCACUUUCUCUGCUUGUUUGGAUAGCGAAGAUGGAAAAUGCACAUGUCCUCCAGGAUUUACAGGUGACGGUGUUAAAAACUGUGAAGAUAUUAAUGAAUGUAAGGAGAAGAAAGCUUGUCAAUGCAACGAAUGCAACUGCAGAAACACAUGGGGCAGUUACGAGUGUACUUGUAGCAGCGGCCUGCUGUAUAUGAGGGACCAUGAUACCUGCAUCGGUCACAGUGCUUCAGAGGUGAAGUAUGGUUGGGGUGCUGUUUGGCUUGUUCUGAUUGUAUUAGGUUUGGCUGGUGGUGGUGGCUAUCUCGUGUACAAACAGAGGUUGAGGUCGUAUAUGGACUCAGAGAUCAGGGCUAUAAUGGCUCAAUACAUGCCUCUGGACAGCCAGAAUGAAGUAGCAAAUCACGUAGAUGAAAAUCGUGUUUGACUAGAGAUUCUCAAUUCAACGGUGCUGUGGGGGCUCGUGUACCUUACCUUGGAUAGAAUGAGAAUCAACAUGAUGUCUUUAAAUAUGCGACACGCCUGAGACAGGGGCGCUGCAUAAAAUAUUAGUCGGAAACAUGGACAUUGUUGUAGCCUGUUAUUGGCUGUGCCCAGAAACUGCAUUUGAUCUUCUUUUUUAUUUUUUUAAGUAAAUUUUUUCGUUUCUGCAACGUGUAUCUUCAUCGUUUCUUGAUGCAAGGAGAAUCGAACCAUAUAUUAUUUGUAGCAUUAGUUAAUAAUGGUAUAUUACCAUAUGCCACGGAUUAAAUGGUGUUGGGUAUGAAUAUGAUUUUAUUUGAUGAAAUAAAGUUCCAAGUAACCGACUUGCUGUA